GUGUGUGUGUGUGUGUGUGUGUGUGUGUGUGCGCGCGCUUGCGCUUGCGCUUGCGCUUGCGUGAGUGCUUAAAGAGGGAAAACUUUACGGUUGUUCAUGUUUAGCUUCAUUUCUCGCGCACUCUUCGUCCCGGCUCUUGUUCUGCAUCCAGCUUUUUUUUUUCCGCCUCUUCCUACUUUUGUGCGGAUGCAUGAAGAAGAUGCGCGUCCACAUCACGGAGCGGUUGUUUACAUUCUCCUGAAUUCCAUCCCUAAACCAAGUUAAUCCUGUUUCUGCGUGUCUGUGCGUGGAUGCGCGUGUGUUUCUGAGUGACGAUGACUGUCGCACCUUGCUCCAUCCUCGGCGGCGUCGCGUCGCUUAAGCUUGUUUUGCUGUGCUUCUGGUUACCGCUGACGGCUGAUGCUCUUCCGGACUCCGCGAGUUUCUCACCACCUGUCAAUGCGUCGGGCUUCGCACCUGUAAUGAAGACCGGCGGGGUCGUGCGCGCCAUCGACCGGCUGUAUCACGGAGGCGGGAAAGUGGGCUACCUGCUCUAUUUAAAUGAUCAGAGGUUUCAGCUCGACCUGGAGCGGGACGAAACCGUCCUGUCGCCUCAUUUUGAUUCUCCAUACAGUGCGACUCUACGGGAAGCGGGAUUUUUGCUGCGCGGCUGCUUAUAUCGCGGAACCGUGAACUCCAAACCGGAAUCGUUGGCUGUGUUUAACUUGUGCACGGGAGGACUGAAUGGAUUUUUCGCUGUGAACCAUGACCGCUACAGAAUCUUCGCACACGCCAUAAAUAAUGAGAAUGACGCAGAGCGCACGCGCCACUACUUUACCUGGGACAGCUUUAGUUUCGAGGCCGUGACGGAACACGAAAGCUGCGGAACGCGCGAGCGGAGACGGCGUGAUGGCGGUGCGCGGAUGCGCCUGAGGACCGGUAAAGCGAAGGGCGAGUUAAGGCGUGACGAUUACGACGUGCACGGUAGAAGGUUUUGGGUGAAUUUUGCGCAAACGCAAAAUGCAAAGAUGCGCCGCAAACGAUCGGUGUCACGCGCGCGGCACGUGGAGCUUCUCCUGGUGGCAGACGCAUCAAUGGCUAAGAAGUACGGCAGCGAUUUACAACACUACCUGCUGACGCUGGCGUCUAUCGCGUCGCGGCUAUACGGUCACGCCAGUAUCGAGAACCCUAUCCGUUUAUCCGUGGUGAAGGUCACGGUGUUGGCAGAGAACGAGAAAGGUCUCGAUGUGUCCAAGAACGCUGCUGCAACUCUCAAGAGCUUCUGCAAGUGGCAGAACCAGCAGAACCCACUGGGCGAUGACCAUCAUCAUCAUCACGACGCAGCCAUUCUCUUCACCAGGCAGGACCUGUGCGGACAUCACUCAUGUGAUACACUGGGCAUGGCGGAUGUGGGCACAGUGUGUUCUCCAGAGAGAAGCUGCGCUGUGAUAGAAGAUGAUGGCCUGCAUGCUGCCUUCACUGUCGCACAUGAAAUUGGGCAUCUUCUUGGCUUGUCUCACGAUGACUCAAAGUUCUGUGAGGAGAGGUUUGGAUCCAACGAAGACAAGAGGCUCAUGUCUUCGAUCCUGACCUCCAUCGACGCCUCCAAACCCUGGAGCCGCUGCACCUCGGCCACCAUCACUGACUUCUUUGAUGAUGGAAACGCGGAGUGUUUGCUGGACAUGCCACAUAAUCCUUUGCUUGGUCCUGAAGAACUUCCUGGUCAGAGCUACGAUGCAGUGCGGCAGUGCCAGCUAGCCUUCGGUACUGAGUAUACGGUGUGCCCAGGCAUGGACGUGUGUGCUCGUCUGUGGUGCUCGGUAAUCAGGAAGGGCCAGAGGGUGUGUCUGACCAAGAAGCUGCCAGCAGCAGAGGGAACACAGUGUGGCAAGGGCAGGAUCUGCCUGCAUGGGAAGUGUAUGGACAAGACACGCAAGAGAAACUCCUCGGCCUCUAACCAUGGUAGUUGGAGCUCCUGGGGGUCGUGGGGCGCAUGCUCUCGAACCUGCGGAGGCGGAGUCCAGUUCACACAGCGCCUGUGCAACAACCCCCCUCCUCGCAACAAUGGGCGCUACUGCACAGGAAAGAGAGCCAUCUACAGGUCCUGUAAUGUCACUCCAUGCCCCACUCGUGAUAAGAAUUUUAGACAGGAACAGUGUGAGGCGAGGAACGGGCCUCAGACAGACCCUAAAGGAGUGAAGACCUUUGUCGAGUGGGUGCCCAAGUAUGCUAGCGUGCUGCCAAAGGACAUGUGCAAGUUAACCUGUAGGGCCAAAGGCACAGGCUACUAUGUAGUGUUCUCCCAAAGGGUGAUAGAUGGGACAGAGUGUAGGCCAUACAGCAGCUCAGUGUGUGUGAAAGGGAAGUGUGUGCGCACAGGCUGCGAUGGAAUAAUAGGCUCCAAGCUGCAUUAUGACAAAUGCGGCAUCUGUGGUGGUGACGGCACUGGCUGCGUAAGAGUGGCUGGCAACUUCACCAGAAGGAGUAAGGGAUAUACAGAUGUUGUGAAGAUCCCAGAGGGCUCAACUCACAUCAAGGUCCGUCAGUACAAGCCAAAAGGUCAGGCUCACUUUUCCGCCUACCUGGCCCUUCGUCGACCGAGUGGAGAGUACCUUAUCAAUGGAAAGUUCAUGAUCUCCACUUCAGAGACAGUAAUCCCUCUGAAUGGCACCAUGCUUAAUUACAGUGGCUGGAGCCAACAUGAUGAGGCUCUUCACACCACAGGUCCUGGGGCUCUUCAAGAGAGCCUUGUAGUGCAGGUGCUAGCAACUGACCCAAAGAAGCCUCUAGACAUACGUUACAGUUUCUUUGUGCGUAGAAAAACACCACUUCCCCCUUGGACAUCCUUGGUGUUUUCUGCCACACCUGCAGCAUUGUUCUCUGACGAGGUCUUAACCAUGACCACGAAGAUUGUGCCCACACAAGUACCGCCAUCAACGACCCCACCUGGGCCACGGUGGGUGACAGGAACAUGGAUGACCUGUUCCAGGACUUGUGACACAGGCUGGCAAAGUCGUACAGUCCAGUGCAAGGACCCACAGGGACAGCUAGCUAAGGGAUGUCCCCUAGGGGACAGACCUUCUGCAUUUAAACACUGUCUGGCUAAAAAGUGCUGACAACUUCUUGAAAUGUAAUUGGGAAUACUUGUGAACACGGAGGCGUACUUCUUCUUCUUACGGGUCUGCGGUGAAAGGUCUCGAGACGAGAGAUACAGACAAACUGGAGCACAAAGUGUCUUACAGAGCAGAACACUUCAAAAGUUCAAAUGCUCUUUCAUGCCUGAACUUCAUCACUGUGGAACUGAAUUUUUCUUGCAUUAUGACCAUGGACAAGGAUUGCCUGCAUUGGCCUCUAAUGCAGUCACUUCAUCCGCUGCCUGGAAUCACUGAAGAGUCAACAGUAUGUAGCCACUCAUCUCAUGCCAACCACAAUCCUUUUGACUAGCAGUUCUUCUAUGGGGUUCAGUCCAUUUCAGCUCAUUAACUUCGUCAAAAAACAACUGCAGCUUAGAGAAGUCAGUAGAAAUGAAUCAUGAGUUCAUCGUAAAGAACUGCAAGUGAACGGAGUCUAAGCAAUUUAUGCAUGAUUGGACUGUAUUAAAAGACUACUCUGGUUUUGGACUGACUGGAAACUUUUGGAAACAUGCCCAAAAGGAUUCUGGACGUACACCAUGUUCCAGUACAUACUCACUUACUUAAUGUACGUACAACCAUAUUUGAAAAACUAUAAGAGCACUCUGUCACAUUUAUUAGUGUGAGCUCAUCUGUCGUAAUUGCUAAUUCUUUGGUAAAUGGACGCCAAUGUUUUGUUUUUUUUUGUUCUGUUUUUUGGGGGGGGGUUUCGUGCCCUCGAUUCCUGCUGAAAAAGGAACGGACUGGUAUAAACACUUAAACACGUGUUAAUUCGACACAGUUUCCAUUAGAAGAUGCAUAUAUAUUUACAGCAAUAAUGGUGGACGUGUAUGAUGUUAAAAAGCAUGUAUUCAUACUAAACAGGCAAAAUCAUUUCUUACACCGUUUCUUAGACAUGUCGUGUCUGUGUUCACAAAACACAUACGAUACACAAAAAUACACUCUAAAUAUAAUCAAGUCAAGUCAAGAAGAUUUUAUUGGUAUUUCAAUCAUAUGUAGCUGAGACAGUACAUAGUAAAAUGAGACAAUGUUUCUCCUGGACCUUUAUGGUGCUACAUAAAUCAACACAGAGAUCAGAAUCAGCUUUAAGCACUGUGGGUGCCAUUCACGGCGCCAUCUUGGAUCAUAAGAUAUGGACUUAAAGUAAGUUGUCCUAGAUACAUAAAGUGCAUCGUGUGCAACCUGGUGCAAACCAUACAAGACAAAAGACAGUGCAAACAAACAAUACAUGAUGCUACAGGACAAAUACACAACAUAGCACCUAUCAGUGUGUAUAGUGUAUAUUAUACAGAACGCUGUGCAAAAAUAUAGAAAUCUGAAGAAAGAGGGUUCUAGUAAACAUAUAUGCACUUGUGUAAUAGCAGCAGUUGGACAAAUAGUAAAUAAAACUUUGCAAAUACUUCGUUAAACCAACUUGGAUAUCUUUUUUUUUAAUCCAGUCAAAUUAAUUUUAUACACACAGGUGACAAAGAAAACCAACAACAAAUUGGGCAUCAACAAACCUCCUGAAUCGCUGUAGGUCCAUCAGGUUAAUUUAUGGUGACGGUGAAGGCCAUAAGAUAUCAUGUAAACCAUUCAGUAAACCAUUCGGUCAGAUCUCAUGUCCUGUGGAUGAGGGAAGCGUCUGUCAAAUGUUUCAUCAUAGGAUACAUUUAAUAAGUCAGUAAAAAGCUUUGUAUGGAUUUGCAGUGGACACAAUCGCUUCCAGAGCAACUGGAUAAGAGAGUCGUAUUUUUCCUUUACUCUGUCACAUGUCUGUAUUUAGGCGAGUCAGUAAAAAAAGGGAAGAAAAUCAUUCUGAAUAAAAUAUCUCUUCAUUAAGCGUUCAUGAAAACAAUCAUGGAUACAAAUGUAAUCACAGAUGGAUACCAGCAUUAGCAUUCUUUUCUCUUCGUACUGCCUGAUAGAAAUACACACAGAUUUAAUACUGAAUAUUAGGCAAUUAUCUUUUAAGCAUACUAGACUAACGCCAAGUCAUAAUCUCUAAUUAGAUGAUAGUUUAAACUAAGCUAACAAUUUGCUUGGUGGUUUUUUUAACUGAAACUGGCAUGUUAGCAACCGUUUUCCAGUGUAAACAUGCUUGCCUUGUCAUUGGGAGAUUAGGGUUUUACACCUGAUGGUGCCUUUGUAUUCCUUUAGCCUUGAAUAUUAUGCUUAUUAUUCAAAGGUUUAAAGAAAAUCAUGUUCAUGUGGAAUCUUGAGAUGAUUCCAUGGAAUCUUGAGAUGAUUCUGACAACAACACAGUUAAUUUGUGGAUACUUAAAUAGAUCACUGCAUAUUGUAAGCAUGUAACAUUUACUUCACGUUAGUGUUGGUUUUAUGGUUUCUAAUGCUUUCAUAUUAAGAACAUAUGUCAUGCCAGACGCUCUUCCAGUCAAGCUGAAACUUUAGGCUUCUAGCUCUGUUGUUUUUAUAUAUGCAGUACUGUCUGAUCAUCGUCAUGGGGAAAUGAAUUUGCUGAAUGACAAAAACACAGCACUGAAAUCAUAAUUUAUUGUGUGUGUAACUGGUAUGUAAAAAAAAAUAACUUGAUAAAUUUAUUUAUUGUUUUUUUUUUUUUUUGUAUUUUGUCUAGGAAUAUGAAUAUAUGACUAAGCAGAGUAUUUCUUUUACAAGAAUGUUUUUUGUUGCUUGUUUUCAAGUCCUCUUUAGAAUAUGUACAUAAAAUCUAUAUGUUUCAUUCGUCCUUUCUCGGCUUUUUAAAAUCCCCUUUAUCUUGCACAAUCAUAUUCUAUAAAGAAUCACAUUUGUAUGAUGUUGCACAAUGUAAGAAUGCAGUAGAGCGUAUAUUUUUGAAAAAGACAAUACCAGUUAUUUUCUUCUAUCAAAUGGAUGUGAUGUGACAGAGUUUCAUAACAAGUAUUUUCUUACUUUGCUGGUCAACAUCAGUCAGCUUCAUUCCACUCAACAAAAAAAAUAUGCUCUGGAUGUAGACGCCCCUGUUGAUCUCAGCCAGCUGGAAUUUAUAACUAUUUAUGUGUCUGUAAUUACAUCCAUAUUUCACACAAUUUAAGCCAGCUGAGACAACUGAACUACAAUAAAGAGUAAAUCCA